UUCUAAUUUGACCCUUGUAGGCUUUCGUACUUUUGUACCUUUCACUACUGAAAAUGAAAGAAAUUAAUUUGAAAUGCCAGAUGUUUCUUGAUACAUCUCCAUCUAUGCAGUACAUUUAUACCUUAAUUCAGUUUACGGUGACAGUGUGCCAGUAAAAAAACUUUUUUCCUAAUCAAAGAUUGAAAAGGAUAUUAAAAUUAAUUUUUGCAAUAAAAGUCAAUCGUUUAUUUGUACGAUUUGUAAAUAACUGUACCAUGAAUUGUGCUCCGAAUUAAUGGUUCAAUCUUGGACAAGGAAAGCUAAUGUUGCAAAACAUCUAUCUUAUCUAAAACAACUAACACAGAAUUCCAUUAAGUUGCACAAUGGUCUUUUGUACCUGUCACCCAGUGGUAUCGUAAAUUUGAUUUGUAAUACCGAUUUUGGUUUUGUUGUCCAUAGUCAUACUGUCUACAUGAGUGGUCACAUCCUGAAAUUCAAGUGCAGGACGUACGUACACGAACAGUUUCUCCUAUCCCCUUGUUUAUCAAGAUUCUUUAAAGAAAAAUAAACAAAUAGAUAAAUGUUAAUUUUAGGUCUUUUACCCUUUUGUGUCACCCUCUUCUUAACCUGUCUAGAAAGGCAAUUGUGAUUUUUUUUCUCGGUAAACAUAGUUUAUUUAGCAUUUGAAAUACAGUUAAUAUUGUACAUGACUUCGAUAAGCUGAUGAAUGUUAAAUAUUUAAUUAUAUUAAUAAAAAAGUGAGCUAAAUAAGUAUUUUUUUUUUCAAAUUGGUUGAAUCAAGUGAUAUUUCUGGUCCAUUCUUAACAAUAAACAAUUUGGUGUCCUUUCAACAAAAAAUAUUACGACUAAGACAAAAAAUAUCACAUUCCUUAACAAUUAUCUAAGCUAUAGUAGGACAUUUAAAAAACCUUAAAUUUCUGUUACACUAAGUUACUUAGAAAAAAUAUUCAGUAAAAUAUUUGUGAAAAAAUAUAUGUAACAAAAUAUUACGGAGAUGUCAAAAUUUUAUCUUAAACCUAAGAUUUUUUUUGGUGAAAAGUGUCACUGUUUUACGAGUUUCAGUAAAAAUCCUAACUAUACGAAGUUGUAUAAGUGUAUUGAAACUAGACAUUUAUUUUCAGCCCUUUAAUUUUUUAUUGGAUUAUUCAGACUUAUAUUUUGUAAAUAUUGCUAGACUCCCAUAAACCAUUAUAUUCGACCCAAUACCUCCGUACAAAAAAAUAAUAAAUGAUUUAGACACUUUAGAAUGAACUUAAAAUUGCUAAUACGUGGAUGUAUUUGUCAUUAAUAAAGAAGGACAGGUUUCCCGUGAGCACGGAAGAUGAUUCUUAACACGACGAUGUCCAUACUUUAAGUAACUAUGAUAGAUAGGUUCAUAUAAAACAAUGCUGCAAAUAGUCUGUGGUCACGUUUCUAAUCUGUAAAACUAUUAACGCUACCAUUCAUUUUAUGAAGUUAAAAAACGGAGAAGGGGAAUUCCCUUGACAAGUUACCUGUAGCUAAGUGAAAAAGUGUAUAUUUCAGGAGAGUUUUCAUUUACUGGUGAUUUUAAUUUCUGUUUUUUGUUUUAAUGUGACUGGAAACUUGAAAAGUGUGAAGUGGCUUCUUUAAAACCCAUACGUUACUGAAGGAAAACAUUUUAAAUUUCAAAAGACUGUGUAAAAAGAACAUUUUUUCCAAGUGAAUGGCUGUUGAUCCUUUUUUGGUAUUUUUAAAAGUAAUAAUGUUUUACACAAUAUUUUUGAUUAUAUUUUGCGAAGGGACACACAGCGGACAUUCAGAAAAGCAAUUUAUUUUUGUCGAUAAAAAUAAAACAUGGUAUGAGGCAAUGGAGUUCUGUGUAGAAGAAGGAGGACAGCUAUCUUCCCUGGACGAUGGAGACAUUGGAUCUUUGCUACAAGGCUGCCUUAAAAAUGAAUCUCAAGAAAUUUGGACCAGUACCUCCAGUCAUACAACUCCAUAUCUAUCCCUUAUUGGAUGCUUUGAAGUAUUGGAUGAGAUGGACUUCUUCGUAUUAAACGACACAUCAUUGGUGGAGUGUCAGUAUAACUGUAGAACUUCUCCUACAUUUGCAAUAUGGGAGAAUAAAUGCUCAUGUCUUUCAAAGAAUGCCAAUUUAACACUGGCAGAAAAUCAAGAGUCUUGCAAUAUUACGUGUGACGAACAUAUGUAUUGUGGUGGGAAAAAUAAUGUAAAUAUAUACAGUGUAGCCCUGGAAGCAUCUUUGAAAUCCAAUUCUAAAGUAAAUCCAGAUAUCGCGUUGUGUGUAAGCUACCAGUGUAUCAAUAACAGCUACACAUUCAGAGAAAGGAACUGUGAUGACCCUAUAAUUAAUGACGUAGCUUGCAAUGAUUAUUUUUCAUGUACAUUUGAGCCAGACGACUCAUGCUUUUUAGUGCAAUACAAAACAGACAACUUUAAAUGGACCAUGGAUAAGAAAAACAAUGAAAAUACACUAGAACAAGCUUACGAGGGAUCAUAUUUUGCCUAUGUGGAUGACACUUCUUUCAAUGUAGGAAAUACAUCAGUUCUUGGUUCAAAUAGAUUAUUUCCAGCUAAGAAGUGGUGCCUACGGUUUCGUUACUUCAGCUACAGCGCAGACUCCACUGCGGCCCUUAACGUGGUGACGUACAAUAAUGUUACAAAAGAAGUGAAGUAUCAUAUCAAUAUCACCCGUUCUGAUUUUGAGGAAUGGAAAUACGCAGAAGAAAACAUAAAGAUAGAGAAUGAUUUUUUACUUGGUUUUCUAGCUAGAACAGGGAAUCGAAGGUCAAUUUUUGCUAUAGAUGAUGUUACUCUGAUUGCAGGCUCAUGCGAGAAAUCGACAACAAAACUGCUUCAUAUGAAAGGGGAAAUGAAAUGUAACUUUGAGGGAGGAGUGGAUACAUGCUUUGACCAAGACACAUCUGAUGACUUUGACUGGACCAUUACAAGGGAAGGUCAAACAAGUACAUCUAACACAGGCCCUAGCAGUAAUAUUGAAGGAAACUAUUUCAGUUAUAUUGAAGCUCAUGGACCUGGAAGAAAUGAUGUAGCACGCUUGAUAUCAAAAUUUGUUUUGGAAAACGUCAACAUAACACUCAGCAUGUGGUAUAAUAUGUAUGGACGUGACGUCGAAACUCUGAAGGUUUUUCUCAGAAAUGAAGCACAAGAGGAACUCAUUAUAUUUCAAAGAUCUGGAGAUAAAGGGAAAUCAUGGAUCUUUAUAAAUCUAACAUUAAUAAUAGAAGGAAGGUGGCAGCUUUGCAUCGAAGCAAAUGUACCUUUUAGGAAUACAGCAGAUAUUGCUAUAGAUGACAUCCGGAUAAAAAUUAAUCAAAACGAAUUCAAAAAUACAUGGAGGAACUUUAAUGAGAAAUGCCUUAGAAAUUUGGGUUCUUACUCCGGUAUUGGCAAGUUAACCAGCACAAACUGUAUUUAUAACGAUCGGGAGAGGUGGACUGGUAUCAUUCGGACACAGAGAAAAGGUUCAGACCUAAGUGCUCUAAGGAGAAUCCCCAAUGCCCUGAUGUCAUUUGAGUACAAAUAUGGCAUGUAUUCCUACUUUUGGGAAACGUUUAACAAAAAUAAAACUAGGACUUUUGUUUGUGAGAUAGGACGAAACUCACCAGAGCAGUAUGAAAAGUGUCUUGUGUAUUCAGAAGUUGGUAACGACAUACCUGAUAUCAAUAAAAGAGAAACUGCUCUCACUAAUGAUACCCUUACCUUUACAUUAGUUGCUGUGAUUUCUUUUGUCUUGGUUUUGAUAAUAUGUGCAUUAGUCGUAUUCAUGUUAUACAAACGGAAAUUAGCAGUGAAAGUACAAUAUGAACAACAAUACAACUCUUCAACAAAAGAACAAGUAAACUUUAUGUACAUGAACUCGGACGACAUCCUCAUUAUACAAAAUAAACCUUCAACAAGAAUCAACUCCGAAAAACAUAGCACCAAGCAAAUAACUGACCAUGAAAAUACAGAGGAGCUAGACUUGAACGAAAUAUAUGUUAAUGAAAAACCUGUUAUACUUAGAUCACGACCAGAGUCAACUAAAAAUGUUAACGAUAAAGUUGAAAUACCGGAAGAGGACUACGAUCAUCUCAGUAGGAAUACCAAUGAUGCGGCACUAGUACAGGAAGACACUUACAGUCACAUGGCAGACGAUCAAUACGGUACACAACAGAUUCAGUGUGAGGAUACAUAUGAUCAUACAGGGGGAACCGAGGGCGAGUACGGAGCAGCACAGAUUGAUCAGGAUGUAAACAAUAUGUAUGAUCAUACAGUACUCAAUUAUACAGAUGACGUUUACAGUCUUCCAAAUAAGGGCACAUGUCAUACUGAAACUGUGUAUAAUAUUGUAAAAAAGACAUGUGGUACCGAUUAA